AACCCACUGUAGCAGGGCUUCUUAACCUUUCAUGGGUCAUGGACCCCCUUUUGUCAUGUGGUGAAGCAUAUGGAUCCCCUUCUCAGAAUAAUAUUUAAAAAUUAAUAAAAUAAAAUACAUAGGAUAACAAAGAAAAAUUACAUUAAAACAGUUGUCAAGGUAUUAGAAGAAUGUGUGAUAGAGUAAUACAUACGCUUCUUUAGCAUCCAGCCUAAGAGCUAUUGUAAUUUUGUAGUAGUGAUAAGCAUAAAUGACAUUUUGAGAAAUCUGUAAUAACUGUAAUGUGAUUUGAAAAUAUUUGUGAUUUUAGUUAAUGGCAAAUUCUAUUGUGGUUUGUGGCCUAUAUUCACAAUUGAAACAAAUGCUAAAUUUCAAUCAGAGAUUGAUGAAAAUUAAAGAUGUAAUUUUUCUCCCAGAUUAAUGAAUCCAAUGAAUGAAUCUAUUCAUGGACCUCGUGGAGGCCCAUGCAUCCCCAGUUAAGAACCCCUGAAGAUCAGGCUCCUUUUGCAACUGGGGAGAUUGAGGCAUCCAAAAGUCUCCUGAUUCCUAAGCCAAAAGUCUCCAACUAAAAGUGCACAACAACUUUGGAACUUGGAAAAAUUAUCUCUAAACCAUUAAUUUUACCCUGGAAUUCCCAGGUUUACUCUACCAUAAACGUGCCAGUGGCCAGAAGUCUCUGUUUUUUGCGUCACCAUUGGAGCACAUCCUCAGAGACCUGAAGUUCCCUCAGAGAUGCCUCACAGCUCCUAGCCAGGCCAGGCCAAGAAGGCUGCAGCUGUGGAUGUGAUCCAGACCUUGAAAUGGCCUCCACCUUCAACCCCCGAGAAUGUAAGCUCUCCAAACAAGAAGGGCAAAGCUAUGGCUUCUUCCUGAGAAUUGAGAAGGACACUGAUGGUCACCUGGUCCGAGUGGUUGAGAAGGGUAGCCCAGCAGAGGAGGCUGGCCUCCAGGAUGGAGAUAGAGUUCUUAGGAUCAAUGGUGUCUUCGUGGACAAGGAAGAGCAUAUGCAGGUUGUGGAUCUGGUCAGAAAGAGUGGGAAUUCAGUGACUUUAUUAGUUCUGGAUGGGGAUUCCUAUGAGAGUGCCAUUAAAAAACAGGUAGACUUGAAGGAGUUGGGUCAAAGUCAGGAGCCAGGUUUGAGUAAUAAGGAGCCGCCUGCGGUGAGGAAUGGUGAAACAGAGACUUGGACCCAGCCUCGGCUGUGCUACCUGGUGAAGGAGGGGAACAGCUACGGCUUCUCUCUGAAAACUGUCCAAGGUAAAAAGGGAGUAUACAUGACUGAUAUAACACCUCAAGGUGUGGCUAUGAAAGCUGGUGUCCUAGCUGAUGAUCAUUUGAUUGAAGUGAAUGGAGAGAAUGUAGAAAAUGCCAGCCAUGAGGAAGUAGUUGAAAAGGUAAAGAAGUCAGGAAGCCGUGUUGUGUUCCUACUAGUAGACAAGGAAACUGACAAGCGCUAUAGUGAGCAGAAGAUACAGUUCAAGAGAGAAACAACUAGUUUGAAACUGCUACCCCACCAGCCCCGAGUUGUGGAGAUGAAGAAAGGCAGUGAUGGCUAUGGCUUCUACCUGAGGGAUGGCCCAAUGCAGAAAGGGGGGGUAGGUCAAAUCAUCAAAGACAUAGAUUCUGGAAGCCCAGCAGAGGAGGCUGGCCUGAAGAACAAUGAUCUGCUAGUUGCUGUCAAUGGCGAGUCUGUGGAAGCCCUUGAUCAUGACAGUGUGGUGGAAAUGAUUAGGAAGGGUGGAGAUAAGACUUCACUGUUGGUGAUAGACAAGGAGACAGACAACAUGUAUAGACUGGCUCAUUUUUCUCCAUUUCUCUACUAUCAAAGUCAAGAAUUACCCAAUGAUUCUGUCAAGGAGGUUCCAGCAACGACUCCUGCUCCUCUGGAGGUCACAAGCUCAGAUACUGCAGAGGAAGUAGAUCAGAAGCCUAAACUCUGCAGGCUGGUUAAAGGUGAAAAUGGCUAUGGCUUUCACUUAAAUGCAAUUCAGGAUCUGCCAGGCUCAUUCGCCAAAGAGGUACAGAAGGGCAGCCCUGCUGACCUGGCCGGGCUGGAAGAUGAGGAUAUCAUCAUCGAAGUGAAUGGGGUGAAUGUGCAGGAUGAACCCUAUGAGAAGGUGGUGGACAGAAUCCAGAGCAGUGGGAAGAAUGUCAUACUCUUAGUCUGUGGAAAGAAGGCCUAUGAUUAUUUCCAGGCUAAGAAAAUCCCUAUUGUUGCUUCCAUGGCUGAUCCAUUGGAUGCUCCCCCUGACUCCAAAGAAAAAACACUGGCAGAGUCAGAGGACAACUCUCACACAGCAAAGGAACAAGCCCACAGUACAGCCUCUCACUCUUCUUCCAGUUCUGAAGAUACAAUAAUGUGAUGAGAACAAAUGAUGACAUUGUCUGGUAUAUUUAAUAGGAAUCCGUUUUCUGUCUCUGUUAGAGAAGAACUCCUCUGGAAACCGGUUCUUGCAUGAUUGUCUUCUGUUGUCAUUUGUUUUAUGGGUGACGAUUGCAGAUGGUUUAUUUAUGGUCAACUUUUGUGAUCUUUCAAGCUUCAAUGUAAUUACAUUCCCUGGUAUGAUGAUACCUCUCACUGCUAUAGGCUCCUUGAGCACCAAAGAUGAUUCAUAAAUCUGUUUAUGUGAGAGAGCUAAUUAAAGUCUGAGCAGAUAAGCCUAUUAAAAUUAUGCUUUUAUAAGAAUGUUUUGGUUGCUAGAAUAAAUAUCAUUAAAAAUGCCUUUUGCCUAUGUGUGAACUUUCUGUUAGCUGGUAUGACCUUAAUAGUGCUUUUGAUUUUGGUAAACUUUUAGUGCUUUUACCUUCAUUUGUUCUCAUGCCUUUAGAAACCCAAAGGCAUGCAACAAUGAAACCUCAGUAAUAAAAAGACUUCCAGUAAUGCAGUUUCAGGAUUUUUUAAAAUGGCAUUUCUGAGGAUACUACAAAUUUUCCAACAUCUUCAUUUUCUGGAUUGCAGCACUAUGAAUUGCUUUUAUAUGGCCUUAUCUAGCCAUGGUCUUUUAACUCACACCAAAAGAUUGGGUGGGACUAUGCAAGU